UGGCUGGUUGGGGGAAAAAAUCAAAUCUUGAAUUACUUUAACUGUGACGUGUGUUUAAUUGAAGUAGUAUAAAUUAAAGAGGCCCACCGCUCUGUAGCUGAGAAAGCAUAAUUUUUCACAUGGUUUAUCUUAUCUCUGAUAUUAUAUAAUAAGGUUGUAUAAAUAGAAGUAUCCUACUUGAAUGGAAUUGUGAUUGCCUGUGAAUUUGAGCUGCCAUUCUCCGGAAGGAAACCUCAUUAUCUCUCUUAUUCUCCUUUUGGACACUAAUGAUUCAGGGAAUGCUGUAUUGGCUGCAACUUAAUAUGAUUAUUUGUGAUGUCCUUUGCAAUGAUUAUGGCCUCUGUCUUCGCUCAAGAGCUCAACAAACAUGCCUUUCAAGGACUUCUUCACCGAGUAUGGUGAAGCGAAUUUGUAUGAAAUCCAAGAGGUUGUUGGUAAGGGAAGUUACGGUGUUGUGGCUGCUGCAGUUGAUACCCACACUGGAGAAAAGGUGGCUAUAAAGAAGAUAAAUGACAUUUUUGAGCAUGUCUGUGAAGCUACUCGCAUUCUUAGGGAGAUCAAGCUCCUCAGGCUGCUUCGGCACCCGGACAUUGUUGAGAUUAAGCAUAUCAUGUUGCCUCCGUGUCGGAGAGAAUUCAAGGAUAUAUAUGUCGUUUUUGAGUUGAUGGAAACAGAUCUUCACCAUGUAAUCAAGACGAAUGAUGACCUUACUCCUGGGCAUCAUCAAUUCUUUUUGUAUCAGUUGCUUCGGGCUUUAAAAUAUAUACAUUCCGCAAACGUUUUCCACCGGGAUUUGAAGCCCAAAAACAUCCUUGCUAACGCAGACUGCAAGUUGAAGAUAUGCGACUUUGGGCUAGCUCGUGCAUCAUUUGGCGAUGCCCCAUCUGCUGUUUUCUGGACUGAUUAUGUGGCUACCCGGUGGUAUCGUGCUCCUGAACUUUGUGGUUCUUUCUUUUCCAAAUAUACCCCGGCUAUUGAUAUCUGGAGCAUAGGAUGCAUAUUUGCAGAAAUGAUAACUGGAAAACCGUUGUUUCCUGGGAAGAACGUUGUCCACCAGUUGGAACUCAUAACCGAUCUUCUUGGCACACCUUCUACUGAAGCCAUCUCGAGGAUUCGAAAUGAGAAGGCCCGGAGAUUUUUGAGUGGCAUGAGAAGGAAAGCACCCAUACCUCUGUCGCAAAGGUUCCCAGAUGUUGAUCCCCUGGCUCUUCGUUUACUUCAGCGUCUAAUUGCAUUUGAUCCCAAAGAUCGUCCAUCUGCUGAAGAAGCAUUGUCAGAUCCAUAUUUUUACGGGCUGGCAAAUGUGGAAGAUGAACCGUCAACUCAACACAUCUCAAAAUUCGAGUUUGAGUUUGAAAGAAGAAAGUUGACAAAAGAAGACGUGAGGGAACUGAUCUACCGCGAGAUCUUGGAGUAUCAUCCCCAGAUGCUCCAGGAGUACCUCCGUGGCGUGGAUCAGAUUCACUUUAUGUAUCCAAGUGGAGUCGAUCAAUUUAAGCAACAAUUCUUCCGUCUGGAGGGACAAGCCGGGAAAGCAGGCAGGCUGCCAAUGAGGAGGCGCUACGCUUCCUUGCCCAGGGAACGCGUGUGUGGGCUCAUUGACGAUGAACCUGACCAAAGUGAUUCUAGAAGCCGAGCGGUGGUGCCAGUUCCACGCCCGGCCCUAAGGAGUCCCAAGAAUUCAUUGGAUAUCAAAAGAUCAGAAGCUCCAAACGCGAGCGCCAAAGCUAGGCCGACAAAUGAUCAUAAGACAUUGUGCUACAGCGCCCGUUGCUUGCUAAGAAGCGAUAGCAUCAGCGCUUCAAAAUGCAUCGGGGUGCAAGGAGAAGACUACCUAUGAGGUGCAAUCGCCUCCCGUGUCGUCUCCUUAUCAACGUAGGUUCGAUUAUCGAGCAAACGGGGCGUAGGUUUGACAGUGACAGCGUUUCUAUUAUGUAGAAGUUGGUUGAUGAGGAGUGCAAGAUUGUUAAUUUAUGGACGUUUUGUUAUUGUUGUUACAUCAACAAAGUGUGUGUAUCAUUUUAAUUUGUUUGGGUAAUUUGCAUUGUAACGAUUGAGCAAUUCGUCUAGACAUCUGAUGAUUGAUGAGAUGCUGUCAUGAAAUAGAUUUGCACUUGUUUUUA